GGUCAAAAUCAAAAAUCUCUAUUUCUAUUUUCAUUUACGAAAAAUAGGAAACAAUAAUGGAAUUUCUAUUAAGAGUGGCAUUAAUAUUGUUUGCCUUGCUGCCCUACAGCAUAUCAGAGAGCGUACCAGUCUCUACGGAGCAGUAUAAUCCUUUGGGACCGCUCGUGAAAUGCAGUUUUCUCCCAAUGGAAUUCCUGGAGUGCAAUGAGCUUGUAGACCAUAAAGGGAACCAAUCAGCUAAGGAGGCUAUGGGCCAUGGCUGCGUGAAGUUUGGAGGCGUUAAAUACGAGGAUGUAGAGAAGGCCAAAGCGCAAUGUAAGCCGUUGGAAGGCAUUGAAUGUUACGGCCCAAGAACUUUUCUCCGCGAGGGUUUUCCUUGCGUGCGAUAUUCUGGGCAUUACUUCACUACGACGCUUAUCUACAGUAUAUUGUUAGGGUUCUUAGGCAUGGACAGGUUUUGUCUCGGGCAGACUGGGACGGCAGUGGGGAAGCUAUUGACACUGGGUGGGCUGGGUAUUUGGUGGAUUGUAGAUGUUGUGUUAUUGAUUACGAACAGUUUGCAUCCUGAGGACGGGAGUAAUUGGAAUCCUUAUGUUUAA